AUGCGUCCCGAAGUCGAGCAAGAGCUCGCCCACACGCUCCUCGUCGAGCUGCUGGCAUAUCAGUUUGCCUCGCCUGUUAGGUGGAUUGAGACCCAAGAUGUUAUCCUCGAGAAGAAUAGAACAGAAAGAAUUGUUGAAAUUGGUCCCGCAGAUACCCUCGGCGGAAUGGCCAAAAGAACCCUUGCUUCCAAAUACGAGACCUAUGAUGCUGCCACCUCGCUAUCACGGCAAGUGUUGGCUUACAAUAAGGAUCUGAAAGAAAUUUACUAUGAUGUCGAUCCGGUAGAGGAGGAAGCUGCUCCAGCGGCUGCCCAACCUUCAUCUUCCGCUCCGGCGGCUUCGGCGCCUGCUCCUGCUACCACAGCCGCGGCUCCUCCAGCAGCAGCGGCCAGCGCUGGACCUGCUGUGGCAGUGCCAGAUGCUCCAGUUGCAGCCGUCGACAUCUUGCGAGCGUUGGUCGCCCAGAAACUGAAGAAACCACUUGCAGAUAUUCCCCUCGGCAAAGCAAUCAAGGAUUUAGUCGGAGGAAAAUCGACUCUGCAGAACGAAAUCCUCGGAGACCUGGGCAAGGAAUUUGGUUCAACGCCAGAGAAGCCAGAAGACACUCCUCUAGACGAACUAGGUGCUUCUAUGCAGUCAACAUUCAAUGGUCAGCUAGGCAAGCAGUCUCAGUCGCUGAUCGCUCGUUUGGUGGCUUCCAAAAUGCCAGGUGGUUUCAAUAUCACGGCUGUCAGAAAGCAUCUCGAAAAUAGCUUUGGCCUUGGGCCGGGCCGACAAGACGGUGUUCUGCUGCUCGCUCUCACGAUGGAGCCAGCUUCGCGUUUAGGCUCGGAAAACGAUGCCAAGACUUACCUCGGUGAUGUGGCCCAGAAAUAUGCGGCAACAGCAGGAAUCAGUCUAUCAUCAGCCUCAGCUGCUGGCGCUGCUGCUGCUGGCGCUGGUGCUGGCAUGAUGAUGGAUCCAGCUGCCAUUGACGCUCUGACCAAAGAUCAACGAGCCCUGUUCAAACAGCAACUUGAACUGUUCGCCCGCUACCUCAAGAUGGAUCUGCGUGCCGGUGACAAGGCUUUCGUCGGCUCACAAGAGGCAAACAAGGCCCUCCAAGCGCAACUCGAUCUGUGGAACACAGAACAUGGCGAAUUUUACGCUUCGGGAAUUGAACCUUCAUUCAGCCCCUUGAAAGCCCGUGUUUACGACUCCUCGUGGAACUGGGCUCGACAAGACGCUCUUAGCAUGUACUACGACAUCAUUUUCGGCCGUCUCAAGGCCGUCGACCGAGAAAUUGUUAGUCAGUGCAUCCGUAUCAUGAACCGAUCAAACCCAACCCUCAUCGAAUAUAUGCAAUAUCAUAUUGACAACUGCCCAACCGAGCGAGGCGAGACUUAUAAACUAGCCAAGGAAUUAGGCGAGCAGCUCAUUGAAAACUGCAAGGAUGUUUUGAAUGAAGCACCGGUCUACAAGGACGUUAUGGUCCCCACCGGUCCCCAGACUACUAUCGACGCUCGAGGGAACCUCGAUUACAAAGAAGUUCCUCGCCAAAGCGCCCGCAAACUCGAGCACUAUGUGCGGGAGAUGGCUGAUGGUGGCAAGAUCUCCGAAUACAGCAAUCGGACCAAGGUGCAGAACGACCUUCGCAAUGUUUACAAGUUGAUCCGGAAGCAGCACAAGCUAUCAAAAGCUUCUCAGUUGCAGUUCAACACCUUGUACAAGGAUGUUGUUCGUGCUUUGGCGAUGAAUGAGUCCCAGAUCAUGCCACAGGAGAAUGGCGACAUCAAGAAGCCCGGCCGCAACGGAUUACCUCGAGCUACCAUGAACGGAAAUGUCAAGCAAGGCAAGACCGAGACAAUCCCGUUCUUGCAUCUCAAGAAGAAGGAACAGCACGGUUGGGAGUACAGCAAGAAGCUAACCGGCAUCUACCUCGAGGGAUUGGAGAACGCGGCGAAAUCAGGCCUUACCUUUCAGGGGAAGAUGGCGCUCAUGACUGGCGCCGGUGCCGGUUCCAUCGGAGCCGAAGUUCUACAGGGUCUGAUCAGCGGUGGCGCCAAAGUCGUUGUCACCACCAGCCGUUACUCCCGUGAGGUCACUGAGUACUACCAAUCAAUGUAUGCUCGAUUUGGUGGUCGUGGCUCUCAGCUUGUCGUGGUGCCGUUCAACCAAGGAAGCAGGCAGGACGUGGAAGCCCUCAUUGACUACAUCUACGAUACCAAGAAGGGUCUUGGCUGGGAUCUGGACUACAUUGUGCCUUUCGCUGCUAUACCCGAGAAUGGCCGCGAAAUCGACAGUAUCGAUUCAAAGUCGGAGCUUGCUCACCGUAUCAUGUUGACCAACCUGAUCCGUCUUCUUGGUUACGUCAAAGCGAAGAAAUUCGAGAGUGGCUUCAACACUCGACCGGCUCAAGUUAUGCUUCCUCUUUCACCAAACCACGGUACCUUUGGUAACGACGGUCUCUACUCUGAGUCCAAGCUUGCAUUGGAGACUCUGUUCAACCGUUGGUCUUCGGAGAGCUGGGGUGACUAUCUCACAAUCUGCGGCGCAGUCAUUGGCUGGACCCGUGGCACCGGUCUGAUGAGCGGCAACAAUAUCGUGGCCGACGGAGUUGAGAAGUACGGCGUCCGGACCUUCUCACAACAAGAGAUGGCAUUUAACCUGCUUGGCCUAAUGUCUCCUGCCAUUGUCGACCUAUGCCAACAAGAACCUGUCUUUGCCGAUUUGAACGGCGGUCUGCAAUUCUUGCCAGAUCUCAAGGACCUAAUGACUAAGCUUCGAGCUGAGAUCAUGGAGACAAGCGCCAUCCGACAGGCCGUGACUAAGGAGACCGCGUUGGAGAACAAGGUUGUCAACGGCGAGGACAGCGAGGCCCUUUACAAGAAAGUUACCAUUGAGCCCAGAGCCAACCUGAAAUUCGAAUUCCCCGAGCUUCCCGACUGGCAGAAGGAAGUGGAACCUCUCAACGCCAAGCUCAAGGGCAUGGUUGAUCUUGACAAGGUUGUUGUGGUCACUGGCUUCUCUGAGGUUGGCCCUUGGGGUAAUUCUCGCACAAGGUGGGAAAUGGAAGCCUACGGUGAAUUCUCACUGGAGGGCUGCGUCGAGAUGGCCUGGAUGAUGGGCCUGAUCAAGAACCACAAUGGCCCUCUCAAGGGCAAGUCAUAUUCCGGCUGGGUCGACACCAAGACUGGCGAGCCUGUCGACGACAAGGAUGUCAAAGCCAAAUAUGAGAAGCACAUCCUCGAACACUCUGGUAUCCGUCUUAUUGAGCCCGAAUUGUUCAAUGGCUAUGAUCCAAAGAAGAAGCAGCUGCUCCAGGAAAUCCAAAUCGAAGAAGACCUUGAUCAGUUCGAAUCGUCCAAGGAGACUGCUGAAGAAUUCAAGCGACAGCACGGCGACAAGGUCGAGGUCUUUGAGCUGGAAUCUGGAGAGUACAGCGUCCGCCUCAAGAAAGGGGCAACCCUUCUAAUCCCCAAAGCCCUGAGAUUUGAUCGUCUUGUCGCUGGUCAAAUCCCUACUGGUUGGGACGCCAAGACGUAUGGUGUUCCGGACGACAUCAUAUCGCAAGUGGACCAAGUCACCUUGUUUGUCCUUGUCUGCACAGCGGAAGCUCUCCUCUCAGCUGGUGUUACGGACCCAUACGAGUUCUACAAGUACGUACAUCUGUCUGAGGUAGGCAACUGCGUCGGUUCCGGCAUCGGUGGUACCACCGCACUUCGUGGCAUGUACAAAGAUCGAUUCAUGGACAAGCCCGUUCAGAAGGAUAUUCUGCAGGAAUCUUUCAUCAACACCAUGGCCGCUUGGGUCAACAUGUUGCUGUUGUCAUCAACUGGUCCGAUCAAGACUCCUGUGGGUGCUUGUGCAACAGCUGUUGAAUCAAUUGAUAUCGGCUACGAGACUAUCGUCGAAGGAAAGGCGCGUGUUUGCUUCGUUGGUGGCUUUGAUGACUUCCAAGAAGAGGGGUCUUACGAAUUUGCGAACAUGAAGGCCACUAGCAACGCUGAAGACGAAUUUGCCCACGGCCGUACGCCCAAGGAGAUGUCUCGACCUGCUACUACGACCCGAAACGGCUUCAUGGAAUCCCAAGGCUGCGGUAUGCAAAUCAUUAUGUCGGCCCGCCUUGCUCUAGACAUGGGAACGCCUAUCUACGGUAUUCUCGGCCUUGUCUCGACUGCUACCGACAAGAUUGGUCGAUCUGUGCCUGCUCCUGGGCAAGGUGUGUUGACCACCGCUCGGGAGAACCCUGGCAAAUUCCCAUCGCCCCUGCUGGACAUCAACUACCGCAAGAGACAGCUCGAGCUCCGAAGACGUGCCAUUAAGAACUGGCAAGAGUCCGAACUUCUGUACCUCCACGAGGAAGUUGCAGCUAUGAAGGCUCAAGCCGGCUUCGGUUUCAACGAGGCCGAGUACAUGCAAGAGCGAGCCGAGCAUAUUGAACGCGAGGCAAUCCGACAAGAAAAAGAGGCACAGUUUAGCUUAGGCAACAAUUUCUGGAAGCAAGAUCCCACCAUUGCUCCCCUCCGUGGCGCCCUGGCUACUUGGGGCCUCACGAUCGAUGACCUCGAUGUUGCUUCCUUCCACGGUACCUCGACCGUUGCCAACGACAAGAACGAAUCUGAGGUUCUCUGCAAACAAAUGGCGCACCUUGGCCGCAAGAAGGGCAAUGCCAUGCUUGGUAUCUUCCAGAAGUACCUGACUGGUCAUCCUAAGGGUGCCGCCGGCGCCUGGAUGUUCAACGGCUGCUUGCAAGUCCUCAACAGCGGUCUGGUUCCUGGAAACCGGAAUGCCGACAAUGUUGAUCAGGCGAUGGAGAAAUUCGACUACAUCGUCUACCCAAGCCGAUCCCUGCAGACCGAUGGCAUCAAAGCAUUCUCUGUCACUUCCUUUGGUUUCGGUCAGAAAGGCGCCCAAGCCAUAGGUAUCCACCCCAAGUACCUUUAUGCUACGCUGGAUGAGGCGGAAUUCCAGCGUUACAAGGUCAAGGUUGAGGCCAGACAGAAGAAAGCGUACAGAUACCUCCACAACGGCAUGAUCAACAACACUGUGUUCGUUGCGAAGACCAAGGCACCGUAUCCGGACGAGAUCAUGCAGAAAGUUUUCCUCAACCCUCAGCAGCGCGUAGUUGCCGACAAGAAGUCUGGCGAGCUUGUCUACCAUCCUGCCCUACCCAAGAAGACCCCAAGCCCCCACGCCCUGGAGACGAAGGCCAUGCUUGAGUCUCUGACGCAAGCUAACGCCACAGAAGGAUCAAAGAUUGGUGUUGAUGUCGAGGACAUCCGAGCCAUUAACAUCGAGAACGAAACUUUUGUCGCGAGAAAUUUCACCGAGCAGGAACGGGCUUACUGCAAUAAGGCUCCAUCUCCUCAAGCUUCGUAUGCAGGACGAUGGAGUGCGAAAGAAGCAGUGUUCAAGUCUUUGGGCGUGUGCAGCAAGGGAGCUGGAGCCCCUCUGCACGACAUUGAAAUCUUGGCCGAUGAGAACGGAGCACCCAAGGUUGCUCUCCAUGGUGCGGCGCUCGAGGCAGCAAAGCAGGCUGGCGUCAAGAACGUCAAUGUCAGCAUCAGCCACAGUGAGAGCCAGGCAAUUGCUGUUGCUGUGUCUGCAUUUUGA